AUGGCGGAAGAACAUCGCCACCCGGCUCUGGGCAAUGAGCAAGAUUCGCACACCGUCAGCGACAUGCAGCUAGACUCUUACACGCCGUCCUCCAGUGCCGAAACACGCAUCGGCGGCGGCCCGCCAAGCCAACCCCAGGACCGCAUCUUGCUCGCCAGCUUGCCCAGCUGGAACCGCGCGGCAUCGCCGCCAGACUCGCCCGACAACCCGCCUCAACCGCUCCGCAUCGAGCAUACGCGGACGCCCGAAACCACAACCCCAACCCCCGGAACGAAGCCGCGAAUCGCAGAAAUCGUCGCGCGCCGGCUGGCCGACGGCUACACGCUCGCGCGCUACCGGACAGUGACGGGCGAGAUGAAGGCAGUCAUCAUGCGGGGCCCGCUGGUGCCGGCCGCGGUUCCGCACCCUCUGCCGUCAGGGCCGGCGCUGCCGGCCAGCUCGGUCGCCGACAUGCAGUUCGUCGACCCGGACGUCGACAUGUUCGACACGUCGUACGCCAGCGCGUGGCAGCUGGGCCGCAAGCUGGCGGCCGGCGACGCCGCGUUCACCAUGGCUGUCGCGCGGCUGCGUCGCGACACGCUCGCCCCCCGAUCUGGACCGGCCAUCAUCCCCCGCCGGUUCGGCGGCCACGCGGGCCAGAGACACGCCACGGCCACGGCGAGCCCUGCAGGCAAUAUCGACAUCGACAUCGACGCAGCCGCAGCAGCAGCAGCAGCAGCAGCAGCAGCAGCAGCAGCAAUCCCGUCCAACGCCGACUACGCGACCGUGCGGAAAUGGGUACUCGCCGAACUGCGCCUGGCCGGCAUGCCCGCGAUGUACCUGGUCCCCGGUGCAUCAGACGACAACAGUCUGGGCCCAGAGACGCUGCGCUUCGUGCACAUCGACGCCAACUGGACCGCCGCGCUCGUCGACGCGGCGCUUAGUCUCGGCAGUCAUACCGUGGCUGGUGACACUGACAAGGAACAUGGUUUCCGCAGUGCGCUCACCGCGCGCCUGCAUGCUGACUAUGCCAUUACCGGCGAGGCCGUGCCCGUGUAUGGGUUCCUCGUGCGCAGCCAGUUGCUUGCGCGGGGCGCUGGACGGGUGGAGAUCUUGUGUGAUGCUGAUGCUGAGACCGAGACAGAACAGGCGGGGGUGCGUGUCGUGGCGCAGCGUGUGCUGGGGUUGGAUACGCUGCUCUGUCUGGUCGAUCGCGUGCCGCCGUGGAUACCGGUGAGAGUUGAGUUUGUUGUGUCACGGGAGGGUCUGGACUUUGCGGAGUGA